AAAUUGAUAAACAAUUAAUUUUAUAAUUUUUUGAAAAAUUUAAAAUAUUUUUGAGUUUGAUUAAUUUGAUAUUUAUAUGUGGGGAAGUGGAAUUUUGAAAUUUGAAUAAUUUAUUCGUUUCUAGUUGUAUUAAAAUGACCGAAAAUACCGGCAAAACGAAAAUAAGAAUCAUUACGUCAACAGAUUAUUAAUUUGUAUUCGUAAUGGCAGCUUCUCGAGAGAAAAGAGGGAAUGCCGGGAAUCGUUUGUCAAAAUUGUUGAAUGAUGAAGAGGAAGAUGACUUUUAUAAAACUACGUACGGAGGAUUCAAUGAUCUAGAAAACGACGACGAUUAUCAAUCUGAAGCAGAAGGGGAAGACAUUGUAGAUUCAGAUUUCAGUAUCGAUGAAAAUGAUGAAGUCAUCUCAGACACAGAAAAUGCUGACGAAGAUAAGCCAAAACGGAAAUCAGUUUAUAAGGAUCCUAAAGCUUCCAAACCCACAACUUCUAAAAAAGUUGAAAAAGUCAAUAGAGUUAAAACGGUAGAAAAAAGAAAACCUAUUAAGGAUACAUCAUCAUUAGAUAAAUCUUUAUUCGAAAGGAAAUCUAUUCGAAAAUCAACAGUUGUUAAAUCAGCGGAAACACUGCGUCGAUUAAAAGAAAGAACAGCUAGUAAGCGAAGAUCUGCUAAAAGGGGAAAAUAUUAUCACAUGACUCAAGAAGAGCGACUCGAAGAAGCUAAAAUCACUGAAAUUGAAAAUAUAAAGUCUUUGAGACAGUUUCAAGAAUUAGAAUUAGAAAAAAAGAAAGUUCGCAAUGUUAAAAAAACGUUUUCUGGGCCUACAAUUAAAUACAUAUCUACUACUACUCCCGAAAUCACUACUGUGAAACCAGAUAAAGCGUCGGAAUCUGGUUGUAUUGAAAAUAUAAUUAUUGACGAAUCUGCUGAACCCGAAGUAAUAGUAACAGGCCGCCAAUCAAGAACUUUCAUUACUUUUAGCGAUCAUCCUACUUUUAGAAAAGCGUUUCCUAUUCAUAAACGUUCUAUUGUUAAAUCAAAAAAACGCUGUCCUAUCACAAAAAUGGUUGCCAAAUAUGUUGAUCCGAUUACGGAAUUACCCUUUUAUAAUGGAAAUGCUUUUCGUUGUAUUCGUGAAGGUUAUUACCAUCAUUUAGAUCAAAAAGGAAAUAAAUUUGAUCCUCAGGUUACUGCGUGGCUGGAAUGGUACAAAAAUAACAAGAAAAUGCAGAAAGAUAGUUUGGCUGUGUAUUCCGAAACUUCAGUUCUAAACGCGUUGAGGCAGUUGCCGAGUUUAUCUCAGUUUCAGUUAAAUACUUCUACGAAAGAGAAUUAGCUAGUAUUAAAACUUAUCAUCUUCAAGAUUCUUUUAUUUAUUUUUUCAUACAUGUAUAUUUUUCGUCUCUGUACAUUGAUUGAAAAUUGUAACUUUGAAAUGAUCUUCGUUUCAGAAUUUGCCCGAGAAAUCAUUUAAUAAAGAAUUCGGAAAUUAUCAAUUAA